UCAGUCACCGGGAUCGGGCGAUCGGGCGACUUGCGCUGAGUUUUACCGUUUACCACAUGUUAAUUAAUUAAAAAUAGCGUUAUCAUUAUUAAAAUCGCUAAUCGAGGGCAUUUUCGUGAGCAGAUAAUCCUGGAUCUGCUGAAAUAUAAAUGAACGGGCUGCUGUAGGCAAGAUCCCAAGUUACGUCACGGCUUGUCGUGCAUUCGUGUAUCCUCCUGCAUUUCUCUGUCGCCUGUUUAUUCUUUAACACCUUGCACCACUGUAUUUGUCUCGUGCAGUAUAUGCACAUUAAACGUAACGUACACGGUGGCCGGUAUCAACUCUAGCUCAGCGAAUUUUACGCAUAAAGUAUAACCUAGAAGUUUUAUAUCGAAAUAUCGUCGACGCAACAGCCUGUUGUCAACCUCCCUUCGAUUCACCACGACGCGCAGGGUUCAACUUAGCUACUCCCUGGAGUCGUUCGUAUUUCGACGUCGAGGUGUGUACUAAAAAUUAGCCAAAAUUCCGGUCCCCGCAAGAAAACGAGAAGGCGCCCAGCACACAGGCGGCAGGAACCAAUCCACUGACGAAGAACCAUCGUCGGUUAACAGAAUGAAUAAUAAGAGAAAGAACCGUACAAACCCAACUAGGUCCCCGCGGGCUCGGGGCCCGCCUGAGAGAUCCAUCACUGCGGAAGGGGUAUACAACAAUGCUCACUUUAUGCAUGCCAUAACUAGCCAUGUCGGUAACAUUGUACAGGUUCAAACUCAGAAUGGCUCCGUGUAUGAAGGUGUAUUCCGAACAUUCUCCAGUCAGUUUGAUGUUGUUUUAGAAAUGGCACAUCGCAUUGAUGUUGGUGGAAAAAUUAUAGUAGACAGCGUAGUGGAGAAAUUGAUUUUUAAACCUCAAGAUAUUAUUACCAUGUCUGCUAAAGAUGUGGACUUGGAUUACGCAAUUAGGGAUACUUUCCAAACAGAUACUGCCAUUAGCAAAUUCAACGGCGUGGUAGGCGAAAAAGAGUUGGAACCCUGGGAAGCACCUUCUGCCAUAAAUGGAGAUGACUUAGAAUUAGAUGGGGCUGCGAAUGGAUGGGACGUUGAUGAAAUGUUUCGUAAAAAUGAACAAAUAUAUGGCGUGCAAUCAACAUUCGAACCGUCGCUGGCAGGUUAUACUCUCCAACUGCAACGCAAAGAUACCAAAGAAUUUAAGGACCAAGAACAGAAAGCAGCUGAGAUCGCUAAUGAAAUCGAAGCUCAACCAAACCAUAAAGCUCGAUUAGAUCUUGAAAACGGAGAUGAAGAGGAAAGAUUUGCACUUGUGGUCAGGCCCAACGAAGGCAAAUACGUACCACCCCCAAAGAGGAAAAAUGGAAACGCAGGAAAGCUCAUGCGUUCUACACCACCGCCCCCAUCGCCCGGGGCUGCAACUAGCAAAAAUGUAUAUACUCAACCACCGCCUACAGCCGUUGGUGUGAACAUUGCUCAAACAACAAACAUUCCAGUGGGAAUUCAAACGACCCACACUCAAGUUCCACAUCCGGUUCCUAUAAAUAUGGCCAUGCCACCUAGUAGAAUUGUUGUUACAUACAAUACUCCGCCACCAUUUGUACCACCUCCUACAACACAGACUUUACCACCAGUCGCUGCUGUGCAAGUGAUGCCACCAGCACAACCGCAGCCAUCCGUUGUGCCUGCCAUUCCUCAGCAAGUGGCUAUCACUCAGCAGCAGCAACAGCAGCAACAGCAGCAACAACAACAACAGCAACAGCAACAGCAGCAGCAGCAGCAGCCUUCAAAUAAGAUAAACUCAGAGAAACGUGACAGACCCGGAAGACAACAAGUUUAUCAGGCUGAUAAAGCUCCUCCGGCUCCAUUUCCACAACCUAAUAUUACCCUUUCACAUCCACAGCAUUCGCCACUGACACAACAGAACUCGGUUGAAGGUCAACGUUGCGAAAUACUGCAACAAAAAUCAGAACAUAGAAAGGUACCUACUCCUCGGGGAAGAGAAGAGCAUCACUCGGAGCUGAGGCAAUUUGCAACAGACUUUAAAUUGCCUGAACCCCCUGUCCAAGAGCCAUCGCCUCUUUCUAGGAAGCAACAUCAGCAGGAGCAAAUACAGCAACAACCAGCUCCAGCACAGCAUCAUCAACAAACUAAUCAGCAAUCGCACCCUCAAUCUCCUCAUCAGCAGCCGCAACAGCAACAGCAGCAACAACAUUCAUUACCACAUCCACAACAUCAACAACCAACAGAGGAAUCCAUUGUUACCAGUAAACCACCUCCGGGACCACAACCUGUGCGAUCAAAUAGUCCUCCUUCUGCUCCUCUGCAACAGCAAUCACCACAACAAAUCCAACAACAAACUACACCACCGACGCAACAACCAGAACCUGCAGUUGAAAAAAUCACUACAGCCUUUAAGAAAUCCACCUUAAAUCCAAACGCUAAAGAAUUCAAUCCAAAUGCAAAACCGUUUACACCUCGCUCGCCAAGUACUCCUACACCUAGCCGACCACAUACUCCACAAACUCCUCAGUAUACCGGUGCUACAAUGCAAACAGUCGUCAUGCCUGCAACAGCAUAUGUCAUGACUAGUCAACCUCCAACUGCAUUCACCCAGCAACAAGCUCAACCUGCCGCUAGAUUCCGGAAGGGUCAGUAUCUAGUCCCGAUGAUACCACAUCGUGGUCCAGAUAUUGCUUCACAGAUGCAAGUUGCAGCUGCCACUGGUCAACCGUUACUCGCACCAGCGCCGCUGCAUCCUCCAUUUCAAGUUCAAUACCCUGGUCAACCCGCUUAUCAACAAAUGGUGCGGAUGGUCCAAGCUCCUCCUCCACCCCCACAUAUGACGUCUCCGUAUCAUCAUCACCACGAGUCUUCGGGUCCUCAACCACAAGGAAUACAAUACAUGGGCCCACAUCCACAUCAUCCACAUGUAACGCAGCAACAGCCUAGCCAGACACCCUCGCCUGCUAAUCCUAAUCCUCCUCACACCCCUGGAGCUUACAAUCCUCCAGGCACACCACAGCCUGCCUAUCCUCAGCCUCCACCGCAAGGCCAUGCCCCAAGCUAUCCAAUUAUGUGCCCUUUGAUUCCACCUCACAUGAUACCCCCACAGCACAUGCAAUAUUUGCCUCCUCAGCCUCCGCCAGGAACUCAAACUACUAUACCUGUUAUUCUGCCUCACAAUCAGUAGUUUUGCAAAUACACAAACAGAGAAUCGUUAUUCUAAGAAAAAAUGUAAAGUGUUUUAAAUUUCAAGUUGCUUUCACAAUAGCGUUGGAUUCUCGCCUCCUGCUUGGCUGCCAAUGCAAGAAUUAACUUAUCGAAGCCACAGAGUCCCUAUGCGUACGUGCCAUUUGUAUUAUCUGUUAACAUUAUUGUAUUAAAUUUAAAAAGAAUUUCCUUCAAUCACUGUUGACAUUAAAAUAUAUCAGUAUGCCAGGCUCCACGUUAGUAAGGAACAUAUGUUUGUAUCCAUUUAUGCCUACACAAUUACUUGCUUUCAGUACUAGAGUUGAACAACAGAUGUUUUAGAGUUUGAAAGGUUACGGAACAGAUGAACCUAUCCACAAGAGUCUUAAACUUCGCCUUUCAUCGUUCAAAUAAGGAAUUUGCAAGAUGUCAAAUAGUUGUUUUUUCUUCUUUUUUUUUCAUAUAUAUAUAUAUAUAUAAUUUUCAAGAACUCUGUGGUAAUACGAAACUUGUCUCGUACUUGAAUGAUGAGAAACAAAUGCUGUUCUGAAGGUGGCUGAGAAAUAAGAACAUUUCUACAAAAGGCCCGUAACGCAUCCCUCUAUAUAACAUUGUCAUGCGUAUCAUGUGAGUUGUUGGAUAUUGUAUGGCAAUAAAUUAGUCAUUAUGUCCUAAAUAGAGUUACAUUUUUUAAGAUGUUUUAUGCACAGAUAGACAGGACUGACGUACGUGACAGUAAAGAUAACUUUAUCCGAAAUGGCAGAUGUUAAAAUCUAGAAUAGAGGCAAAAUUGGGAGUUUCUAGCCUUGUCAAUAAGCUUAAGUUGCACCAUCAUCAUCUUGGUAGAUCGAGGCUAAUUGAACAACGAUAUUAAUUCGAAAUAAUUAAAAUUCUUUGAAUUUCUAUCAGAAAUUUUUAGAUCAAAUUAUAAAAAAAUCUUUGGAAGAUCGAAAACACAACUGCAAUGAGAAUAGACGUAAAGUACGGAUAAAAUGAUAACUUUGGAGAACCUGAUAUACAUAUAUAUAUUCACUUGAACUGGAUACUUUUAAACAACUUGUUACAGGGGAGAAGGAGGGGGGCCUUUUUAUCUUAAAGUAUCUUCUGGAAAGAUGAUAAACCUAAAUUUUUCGAAUAAGCUAUAUUUUUGUGCUCAUGCUUAGACUCAAAAUGCAAAACUUUCUACACACACAACAUGAGAGCAGAGCCCAAAGAAUAGUAAAUUUUGAAGAAUUGCCUAAACCCUCAAAUGAAUCUUCUAUAUUGUAAUAUUGAACAACUGUGCACAUUGGCAUACACAAAUCAGCUAAGCAAAGAGUUUUUCAAACUUUGUAUGUUACGACAAUUUUUGUUAUUAAAUACUUUUUAUGAGAAGGACUUUGAAAUGGCGGGAUAUCCAAUUAUCUCUGGACCCAUGCUUGAGAUGUGUAAUUACAUAAUAAUUCAUGUGAUACGGCAAGAGAGAGUCUGUCACAAGUGGUACACUAUUGUUACAAUAUUUGAAUUCUUUUAUGCAAUUUCACCUUUCGAUGUAUGUCGAAUGUAAUCUGAGAUCAGUACUUAGUAUUUACACAUGCAAUUCUAGCUGAUAAACUGUUGAAGAGCCAAAAUGCAUCUAGCAAUUGUGUGUGCAAAUCUGAAUCUUUCAUUCCAUUAUUAAGAUUGGAUUAUUAUUAUGAUUCAUAUUACAUUAUCAAAAUGUUUGGUUCUGCAAAUUAGUGUAUAUCUGGCACCAUAUGAACUCUCCCGAUAUGAAAGAAACUGUAAUUUUUAUUGAAUAAUAUUGAAAAAAAACAAAAACAAAGCAAUGAACCACUUGUGCCAGUGAUGACAAGGAUUUCAGAAGAACAGAAAAACUACACCCUAGUCGUGUAAAUAUGA